CUGGAGGAGGGAGGAGGAGGUGGGAGAGGCCCAGAAUACCACGGAGUGUGGGAGUAACCCAGUGGAUCCAAGGCAGGAGAGUGGUGGAACCAAGUGAGCAGAAGCAGGGGGAAGGGCCCCAAGAAACACCUAGAACGUCAUCCAGCCGCCAGGGACUUUUAGGGAAAGGGCCCGCCUGGCCAUAGGACCUCUGUCUGUGGCCGCCAGCAGAGAAGACACUGCCCUCCCACAGCCAGCACCGGACCACCAGCUCAAGCAGCAGCCCCCGUGGUGGGGCAAACCUCACUGGAACACAGCCCUGAUGGCUGUCUCUCUGGUUCAGUGUCAGUUCGAGGAGUCAUCUAACCGUGCCAGCAUGUCCCGGCCCAGCAGCAGAGCCAUUUACCUGCACCGGAAGGAGUACUUGAAGAAGGUCUCCUCCGAGGCCACCUGUCUGCAGCACAGGGUGGAGCACCUGAUGACGUGUAAGCUGGGGACUCAGAAAGUCCAGGAACCCAAGGAUGCCCUGAGGAAGCUGCAGGAGAUGGAUGCUCAGGGCCGGGUGUGGAGCCAAGACUUGCUCCUGCAGGUCAGAGAUGGCUGGCUCCAGCUGCUGGACAUCGAGACAAAGGAGGAGCUGGACUCUUACCGCCUGGACAGCAUCCAGGCCGUGGACACGGCGCUGAACACCUGCUCCUACAGCUCCGUCCUGUCCAUCAUGGUGCAGGAGUCGGGCCUGCCAGUCACCAGCAUUCUGCUCUUCCAGUGCCAGGAAGUGGGGGCAGAGCAACUCAAGGCCUGCCUGCAGAAGGCCCUGGAAGAGGAGCAAGAGCAAAGCAGACCCCCAUCUGGAGCCCGUCACCCCAGCCAAUACAGAUGGAAGGGGCCUCCUCUGGAAAGGUCAUUCCCCAAGGAGCAGGUACCCUCACGAGAGCAGAGGCCCCCUCCAGAACAGCCCUCCUGGGCGACCCCACAGCACAGCACACCACCAUCCCCACGGCGGCUGCCACACAACUCCAGUGUCCGUGAACAAAGCACCUUCACUCUGCCUCCUCCAAGGCAGCCCCCAUCCCCCGAGAACCCAGAGAAGGAUGAGGAGAUACUAAGCCAUGUCCUUAGGGACAUCGAGCUGUUUGCAGGAAAGCUGAAGGAGGCCCAGGCAAUGAACAGUCAUAAGAAGAAGAGACUGGGGAAGAAAAAGGGCAAGGACCAGUGGGUGAUGACACAGGCCCAGUAUAUUGAUUGCUUCCAGAAGAUCAAGUACAGCUUCAACCUCCUAGGGAAGCUGGCCAUCUGGCUGCAGGAGAGGAACGCCCCUGAGUUCGUGCACAUCCUCUUCCAACUUCUAGACUCCAUCCUGGCCCAGUGCCCUGAGCCUGGCCUAGUAGCCCAAGUGAUCUCACCCCUCCUCACCCCCAAAGCCAUCGACCUGCUACAGUCCUGCCUCAGCCCGGCUGAGAGUGACUUCUGGAAGAAGCUGGGUGUGGCCUGGACCACCAGCGGGGCCGACUGGACAGGCAUUGAGCCCCCGCCCUACCAACCCACAUUCUAUGAUGGUUGGCAGCUUCCAGAACCUUCCAACCAGGCACCCUCAGGACACCAGAACUCUCCUUCCCUCCGCUCUGGGUUAGGGAGCACCUCCUACUUUGCUCAAGAGGAGACACAACAUGGCCCUCAGCUUGGGGACCCCGACCACGUGCCCUCCAGCCCCAGACCUGUCAAGCCAGCCCUGAAAAUGCAAGUCCUAUAUGAGUUUGAAGCCAGAAACCCACAGGAACUGACUGUGGCCCAGGGAGAGGUGCUGGAGGUCCUGGACCAGAGCAAGCGGUGGUGGCUGGUGAAGAAUGAGAAGGCACAGAGCGGCUACAUUCCCAGCAACAUCCUAGAGCCCUUAGAGUCGGGGGCCUCCAGGAACCAGAACCAGUCGCCUUCUUGGGCUCCAAUGCUUCGACUUAGCUCAACGCCUGAGGAGGUCACAGCCUGGCUGCAGGCCGAGCACUUCUCCACCAGCACGGUGAGGAGCCUUGGCUUCUUCACAGGGAGACAGGUGCUUCACAUGAGACCCGGGGAGCUACAGAUGCUGUGUCCCCAGGAGGCCCCACAGGUCCUGGCACGGUUAGAAGCCGUCAGAAGGAUGCUGGGGAUGAGUCAGUAGGCACCAACCUAGACACUUCUGAGAUCAAGACCCUCCCACAACAAGCAAGAUGGCAGAUCUGAUACUCCUUGGAGCCCUGAAAAAUUCGCUCUCGGGUCCCCAGUUUGCAGCGAACCCCACACCCCAGCUCCCACAGCAAAGAGGAUGAGCAAGCCCAGAGGUUGAGACCAACGGUGCCCCUUCUCGCUGUGUUGGGAGCCCUCCCCAGUUAUCACCUAUUUAUUGUAUCUCUUUCCUAAGCCUGGAGCACUUAAUCUGUCAGGACUCCGUUCAGUCCCUCUCCUCCCCAAUAAAAGCAGCUUUGAGCUUGGUCUGUGCCUCCCCGCAGCU